CCGGUUCUGAUGACGCAAAACACGAAAAUGCGAUGACAUGUGCCCUUGAGCUGGCCAUGUUGUCAAAAAGGGACUGUACUACAAGCCAUGCCUGCUAAGAUACAUCUUUCUACAUGAGGAAAUAUUGUGACCACAGACAUGGCAUUGAGUCAUCUUAACCUCCUGCGACCAGCAUUGUGCAGAUUUCUGCCCUCCGUUGUGAGGACCCCGCUGGUGACCAGUUCAAGAGUCCCCUCUCUACCCCACACGAGCCGUCCCGCGGUUCUGCCGAAUUACGUCCGUCAUUAUGCCACAAAGAAGAGUAAAGCGAAGGCAAAAGGGCAGACCGCUAAAGUGAACAUCAAUGCGGCAUUGGUGGAGGAUAUUAUCAGUCUGGAGGAGGUGAAGGAAGACAUGGCUGCUGUCCUGACUACUCUGAAAGAAGAUUUCAGCCGCAACCUCAGCAUUCGCACAUCACCAGGUGCGCUGGACCACAUCACAGUCACCACAAAGGAUGGCAAAUUUCCACUCAACCAGCUGGGCCAGAUAUCCAUGAAGUCUCCUCAGCUACUUGUGGUCAACAUGACUGGCUUCCCAGAGGCCACGGCAGCCGUCACCCGUGCCUUACAAGACAGCAGCAUGGGACUCAACCCGGAGGUGGAGGGCACCAUCAUCAGGGUGCCUGUUCCCAAGGUGACACGAGAACACAGGGAGAAUCUGGUGAAACUGGCAAAGCAGUUUAGUAACAAAGCCAAGGAUUCGCUGAGGAAAGUGCGAACCAACGCUGUCACUCGAGUGAAGAAGUCCAAAGAGGGCGUCUCUGAAGAUACCAUUCACUUGAUAGAAAAACAGAUUCAACAAAUGGCAGACGGUUAUGUGGCAGACAUUGACAAACAGCUAGCCACCAAAACCAAGGAGUUGCUCGGAUGACAACAAGGCCUUCCAAACGUUCAUAGUGCCCCGAUUCGUUUGUCUUGCUACCAUCAGGUCAAAGGCAGUCUGCUGUUCUUGUGACUGGAACAAAAAUCCCCCUAAACAAAAAACAGUUAAUGAUCUUGGUGAUGGAAGUGGUGAAGGUGGCGUUUUGGAUGGUGUUUGGGUGUUUUUCUCGUGCAUAAACAAAUGUUGGCGUGGCACGCCAGUGGCUUAUGGUGCUUCUUGUGUUCACAUCUCCAAACAAACAAAUGCAGGACAAAUGAAGUUUUAAUGUGAUUUGGGGUACUCCUCCUAAUCAAAGCGAUGCCACAAACGUGGUGUUUAUGUAAAAAGCACCGCACUGAAUGUAAACUCUGUGGUCUUUACAGGAGGGUGAAAGUCACACAGGAUGGAGACCGAGAGCACAAAACAACAUGCUGCCAGCAUUUGUUUCCCAUUCACUGUUGCAACCUAAAAUAGUCAUUAUUUUCAUCUAUAUGAUCAGAUCUAGCAAUGUAAACUGAAUAAAACGCAUCUGUUAUUGUCCUAGUG